AUGAGACUUCUUCAUCUCUUCUUCCUCCUCCUCGCCCCCCUUACCUUGGCCUCAGCCGUCAGAACGGGCCGCUUUUCAUCAUCAACUGUUGAAGAGCUCUCUUCUCACCCACCCAAAUUUCUCGAUGCAAGCGGCUGGGGUAAAGGUCUGAGAGCAGUCCUCCGACGACUGCGCUCCAAGUUCCUCUCUACUAACCUUUCCGAGACAGCGUCUCGUACUUCGACAUCGGCUCGUGCUGGAAGUGAAAGAUUCUCUGUUCCUCAAGAAGACGGGUUUAUCUUGUAUACUGGAUUCAAUACUCCCCCUUCUGCUUCUACUUCCCCGCUCCGCAUAGACGAGGGGAAGAGAAGAGAUCUGGGCCUAUGGACAAAAGCUAAAUUCACCGCCGAAGCUGCACGAAAAUCGGCGGGAGGUGAGGAUCUGUUCUCGCUCAGGUUGAAAAAAUACUUGGAUGUGAGUAUCGAUGUCAACACGCCGAGAGGAAGGAUGAGAGGUGGUGAUGGGUUGUCUCCUUGA